AUGGAGGGACAACAACUAGACGAAGAAACAGGCAUUAAUAAUUCUCGACUCGAAUUAUUAUCAUCAUUGUUAGGCCAAGAAAUUGCGUUAGAAAUUCAAAGUAACAACACAAUUGAUGAUCAUCGUACAACAAUAUGCUCACAUCCUGUUUUUUUACGAUAUACGUGCACUAAAUGUGACCAAGAAAUUAACGGUACAAUUUCUACCAUACCCUUUUGGUAUAUUUACCCUGAUUUAAAUCUAAGUUUUAACGAGAUUAAUCGUAUUCGUGAUACCAAUUUGCAAAGAUUAUUAUCCCGAAGAAAGCUUCAUUUAGUUAUUGAUUUGGAUCAUACGCUUGUUCAUACACGAAAAAAAUACAAAUUAAGUCCCGAAGAUAGGGAUUUCGUUCGUACGAAAAGAUAUGGAAUUGAUUAUAAUUUGCCAGGGGAAUUAGGUGCAUUGUUGUUUCAAGCUGGUGGUUCGUGGACUAAAUUACGGCCGUAUGUACGUGAUUUUCUUAGAGAGGCGAGCACGAUGUUUGACAUGACGAUAUAUACUCUAGGGUGUAAGUUUUAUGCUUGGAGUAUGUCGAAAUUGCUCGAUUCCAAUGGGAGGUAUUUUGAUAAUUGGAGGGUGGUUUCGAGGGAUGAUUGUGUAAUGUUGGAUAAGCACAAGAAAUUUUUGGAUGUUGUCUUGGAGCAUGAGCGCGUUGUAGUGGUAAUGGAUGAUAAUGAAGACGUGUGGGAGGAUCAUAAGACGAAUUUGUUGAAAAUAACACCGUAUAAUUACUUUUCUUACUUUAGUCCUGAGGAUAAAGUUCAUGAUGCUUCUCCUCCGCGGCUGUCUUGGUCUCAGUUGAAUGAGGAUGAAAGCGAGGAAAAUGGGGUGCUAGCUAGAGCUUUGGAUAAGUUAAGGCUUGUUCAUGCUGCUUUCUUUGAUGGUUUAUCCGCGAAUGGUGUAGAGGAUUAUGGUGACCGGGAUGUUAGACAAGUUCUUCAAAGGGUGCUGGUGAAGGAAAAAUCAUUGACUAAGAAGCAAAAGAAGCAGAAAGCUAAGAAGAUUAGUGAUUUGUCACGAGCUUUACAAGCUGCUCAUCUAUAA